AUGGCCACCCUUGUCCGGUCGCAAACGCCCGUGCAGGAUGCAUACGGUGCCACAAUGCAGCCCUCCGACCCCGUCAUGUCCAGUCGAGUUUACGGCACGCGAUCGGGCUCCCGGCCAAAUUCGUUCGUCGCCAGCACAUCCGGUUACAACGCUGCUCACAUGGCCGUCGGAGAACCCUCCUCACUUGCCCGCAACGGUCGCUUCCAUGAAGAUUUCGAUGCUCCCAGUCAGCGCGGCUCGAUUGUUCUCGAUGGUCCAUCCUCGGCAGGCAUGCAGCGUUCCUCGUCGCAAAUGUCCAGUCGUUCCGUGACCCCCACUCGAUCCGGUACCCUGAAAAAGAAGUCGUCGCUCAGCAAAAGAGGUAGUAUGCGUCGUAGUGGGAGCAAGAGAAGUUUGCGCGCAGGCAGUGUGCGCAGUCUAGUUCUGGGGGAUAAAGAGAAAUAUGGUGUCGACGGCGCGGAUGAUCAGAACAGCGCCUUCUAUAUCCCCAUCCCUACAGAUGGGACGCCAACUGAAGUCCUGGCGAAUCGCUUUCAGGCUUGGCGCAAGAUCCUCAAGGAUCUCAUCGUCUUUUUCCGGGAAGUCCAGAGAUCCUACGAGACCAGAGCAAAAAUAUUUCUAUCCGCGUCGAACGUCGUGAACAACACCGCAAUGCCUCCCACGUUCCUGAAAUCCGGAGGUCUGGGGGAUGCGACCGAGGUCUUGCGAAAUUUCUACCGCCAAGGACAUUUGGAAGCGAACAAAGCUGCAGAGGUGGAAAACGAGGUUGUCAACCAGUUGAUUGGUCUCCGAGGUGACCUGCAAAAGAAGACCAAAGAAAUCCGGACCCUCUCCGGGGAUUUUCGGAACUCCAUGGACAAGGAGGUCGAGGCCACCCGUAAGACUGUACGGCACCUGCACGAAUCACUAGGGUUGGUCGAUACCGACCCAUCAGCCACGUCGGGCAAGGGAGAUCCAUUCAUCGUCCGCCUGAGCGUCGAUAAGCAGAUUGAGAAGCAGAUUGAGGAAGAGAAUUAUCUGCACCGAGCGUUUUUGAACUUGGAAAGUUCAGGCCGAGAGUUAGAGUCCAUUGUAGUCAGUGAAAUUCAGAAGGCCUACAACGCAUAUGCCAGCAUUCUCAAGCGGGAAGCGGAUGAGACGUACGAUGCUGUGAACAAGCUGCGCACGGGUCCGAUUUCGAUGCCUCGCGAUCACGAAUGGAACUCAUUCAUUGCCAAUACCGAUGAACUAGUCGAUCCGCGAGUCCCUCUUCGCGAUGUGGAGAACAUCACGUACCCGGGCAAAGACCAUCCUGCUGCCGCAGAAGUUCGAUCGGGGAUGCUCGAGCGGAAGAGCAAGUACCUGAAGAGCUAUCAACCGGGCUGGUACGUGUUGUCACCGACCCAUCUUCAUGAAUUCAAGUCGGCGGAUCGCGUGGCGUGGCAGACCCCUGUAAUGUCCUUGUACCUUCCGGAGCAGAAGCUGGGCACGCACUCGCAACCUGACUCGACCUCGCAUAAAUUCAUGUUGAAGGGACGGCAGACGGGCACUAUGCAUCGGGGUCACUCGUGGGUAUUCCGCGCGGAGUCUCACGAGACCAUGAUGGCAUGGUACGAGGAUAUCGAGAGUCUGAUCUCCAAGACCGGCGAGGCUCGGAAUGCGUUUGUGAGACGGCACGUACGAACCGUGAGUGGCAAUAGCUAUCGGACUAGCAUUGACGGAGUGAUGGAUGAAGACGAAGCCGACCGAACCCCGUACUCUGCAGAAUCGGCUGUCUUACAUCAGGGACGACCGACGUCUCAACCCCGGGAGCCGGGAGGCCGUUUCCCCAGCGAUGUGCAGAUAGACCGCCAUUUACACGCCCCACUGUCUCCCUCGAGCGGAGAAAGUUCCGGUGAAAGAGACCUGUUGGCCGUCGCCGGAUCCUUCCACGACGGUGGACUUCCCUUGAACGCCGCCGGGCGUCCUCUAUCCGAUCCAGGGUUGGGAGCUGUAGAAGCAACCCAACCCGCGACAUCGAAUGACGGACUGUCACGGGGGACUCUCUUCGCACGACACGACAGUUCCUACGGUGGCUGGAUGCACCCUGCCGACGCAGCGGGCUUCCAGAGACAGCAACAGGUGCGACAAGCCUACGCCUCAUCCGAACCUCGAGAGACAGAGAGGUACGAUGGAGGCAAAGACGACACGCAUACAUUCCUCGUUUCCAGUUUAGGCUCGCGAGGCUCGCUGGAUUCAUCCGUGGUGCGACAGCGGAAUCGUGGCGAGAGUGCAUCGACGGCACCCACGACGACCAAUGUGACAGAUCACACGUACAAUACCGUUACCACAUCGAUCGACGAGGGACCCGAGCCCUCGAUUCCCAAGUCAGAGAGAGCCGCGGAUGGCGAUGGCGUGAAACACGUGCCUGUUGAUUCCAGUGUCGACGUCUCCUCGGCCAAGAGUGAGCCCGUAUCGAACGGGGCUCCUAAGCGUCCUCCGGUGCAGAGCAAGAACAGUGGAUUGUCGUCUCUGGAGUUGCGAAUUCCGGGUCAUUAUCCUCCGGCCAAUGUUUCAGCUUAG